AUGGACAGCGAUGAGGCUUCAGCAUUAAUAUUGCUGGAUCUGUCGGCUGCAUUUGAUACUGUAGAUCAUGCCAGACUUUUGGAAAGGCUGGUGUCUGUGGCCGGGUUUGAGGACAUGGCAUUGACAUGGAUGGCCUCAUUCCUGCAGAAUAGAACUCAGAGGCGGUUCCUAGAACAAGUGCAACUCAGUGCAGCUCGGUGCCAGAGCCCCGUUUUGGAAAAAGAAUUGGAAAUGAGUUUGCCGUUGGAUCUGUGGUUUUCUUUGAGUGUAACCCAGGAUAUAUUCUCCAAGGAUCCGUGUCCAUCAGAUGUGAUGCAGUGCCUAAUGCCUUGGCUCAGUGGAAUGACACUUUACCAACAUGCAUUGGAUCUAUCUAUUACUGACCAAAUCCGCACGCGCAUCCAACAGUACUUCACGGAGAAUUCUAGCCCGGAGGUCUCCCCGGUUUCCCUUUGGGAGGCGCACAAAUGCGUCAUUCGGGGGGAGCUGAUAGCCCUGGCUACGAAAGCCAAGAAACAACGCCAGGAACACAUAAACUCCCUUAUGGCGACGAUUAAGUCGCUCGAAGCAUCACACAAGAAGUCCCAUGCCCAGGCCACCCUAAAAGACUUGACACAAGCUAGGACUUCUCUUAUGGAGGAGCUGGGCAAACGCGCUAAGAGGCGUUAUAUUCUCGGGCAGAGGAUCUUCUACGAACAGGGCAACAAGAGUGGACGCCUUUUGGCGCGCUCGGUACAAAACUCUAAGCCUACCUCCACGAUUCACCACAUUCAAGGCCGAGGUGGUACCCGGCUAGUUAAGAACGGAGACAUUGCUAAGGAAUUCGAAGAUUUUUACUUUAAGCUGUAUAAUCUCAAUCCCCAAGCUCGCUCUCAGUCCAAGAUCUCUUCGCGGAGAUCGCAGAUUAAGGACUUUCUUUCUCGAUAUGGUCCCAAACCAAUUUCCCCACAAGAGUCGCUCGCCCUGGAAAGCCCCAUGACAGCCGCGGAAGUGGAGAUGGCUGUGAAACAAAUGAAGCCCGGGAAGGCCCCGGGCCCAGACGGCUUCUCCCUGCAGUACUACAAGUCUUUUGGCGGGGUACUCACCUCCAAGCUCCUGAACUUAUUUAAUGCCCUGUCCGACCCUCAGAUUAAGCCCGGCAGCAUGCUGACAGCCCACAUAACAGUGAUCCCAAAGGAGGUGCCCUGUGGAGGAACUUUAACAAAGCGCAGGGGAACUAUUUUGUCUUCCGGCUACCCUGAGCCAUAUGACAACAAUUUGAACUGUAUAUGGAAAAUUACUGUGCCGGAGGGAGCAGGCAUUCAAGUGCAGGUUGUCAGUUUCGCUACAGAACAUAACUGGGACUCGUUGGAUUUUUAUGAUGGCAGUGACAACAAUGCUCCAAGACUUGGCAGCUAUUCAGGGACUACCAUUCCUCAUCUUCUAAACAGCACAUCAAACAAUCUGUACUUAAAUUUUCAAUCAGACAUCAGUGUUUCUGCAGCUGGUUUCCAUCUGGAAUACACAGCAAUAGGUCUUGAUUCAUGUCCGGAGCCACAAAUGCCCAGCAAUGGAAUAAAAGUUGGUGACAGAUACAUGGUUGGAGAUGUAGUAUCUUUCCACUGUGAUCAAGGCUAUUCUCUUCAGGGUCACUCUCACAUCACAUGUAUGCCUGGCCCUGUACGAAGAUGGAAUUAUCCUAUUCCUAUUUGCAUUGCACAAUGUGGUGGUGCUAUGUCCGAUUUCAGUGGAGUGAUACUCAGUCCUGGAUUUCCUGGAAACUACCCAAGCAGCUUAGAUUGCACAUGGACAAUCAAACUCCCCAUUGGCUUCGGUGUGCAUCUGCAGUUUGUCAAUUUCUCUACGGAAACAAUACACGAUUACCUGGAAGUACGGAGCGGCUCUGCAGACAUUGGCUCAGUAAUUGGCAGGUUAAGCGGCCCUCAGGUCCCUGCUUCCCUGUUCAGCACAACCCAUGAGACCAGCUUGUAUUUCCAUAGUGAUUAUUCACAGAACAAGCAGGGAUUUCACAUCAUUUAUCAAGCAUACCAGUUACAGAGCUGUCCUGACCCUCGUCCAUUUCGCAAUGGAUUUGUAAUUGGAAGUGAUUUUACAGUGGGACACACCGUUUCUUUUGAAUGUUAUCCUGGCUACUCUCUAAUUGGAGAAUCUGCGCUCACCUGUCUACAUGGAAUCAGCCGAAACUGGAACCAUCCAAUACCUCGUUGUGAUGCUCUCUGCGGAGGAAAUAUAACAGCAAUGAAUGGAACUAUUUACUCCCCUGGAUAUCCUGAUGAGUACCCAAACUUCCAAGACUGCUUCUGGCUGGUCAGAGUCCCUCCCGCAAAUGGAAUAUACAUUAAUUUCACAGUCCUUCAAACAGAACCAAUUUACGACUUUAUAACUGUAUGGGAUGGGCCAGACCAGAGUUCUCCUCAGAUUGGGCAGUUUAGCGGCAACACUGCUCUGGAAUCUGUUUACAGCACAUCAAAUCAGGUCCUUAUAAAGUUUCAUAGUGACUUCACAACCAGUGGAUUCUUUGUACUCAGCUAUCAUGCUUACCAGUUGAGAAUAUGCCAGGCACCUACUCCUGUGCCAAAUGCUGAAAUUCUGGCAGAAGAUGAUGAGUUUGAAAUAGGGGACAUAAUACGCUAUCAGUGUGUUCCAGGCUUCACCUUAGUUGGAAAUGAAAUUUUGACUUGCAGACUGGGUGAGCGCCUUCAAAUGGAUGGAUCACCGCCUUCAUGCCAAGGUUAUUAUUACUUCAUAUGUACCAAGUUACCCUGACAUGUAUACGUAUAAUACAUCAAAAUGAAAGCUGGGUAUGAUUACAUUGAUCCAGCUUGGACUAAUGUAAAUAAGCAUAGCUCGUACC